UGUAAAUAGGCGGGAAAUAAUGCUUGUUUUUCCAAUGAUUAUAAAUAUAAUAAACAUUGUUAAUACAUAUUUGGAAUAAUUAAAAGAACACAUUAAGAAAAGCCUGAAAAUGGAAAACAUGCCAAGAAACCGCAUUGAACGAACGGCGUCAAAAAGAUGGCGGGGCUCCGUACGAAGGCUUGUCGCCGCUUCUGUUUAUAAUCUGUCAUGCUUCACGCAUGGCUGCAGCACUGGCUGGGUGUCUGGUGUGCUAGGCAGUGAAGCGCUCGCUGGCGGCGCCUGGCUGGCCGCUCUCCCGUGUCUUGUGGCAUUACCCGCGGCGCCGUUUUUCGCGGUACUAGCUGAUAGCAGAGGACGUAAAGCUGGCGCUUUCUGUAUUAGCCUCAGUUUUAUUAUCAGCUGGUCACUAGCGGCGUGGUGCGGUCCGCGCGGCGUGUGGACGGCACGAGUCGCAGCGGGGGCUGGCGGCGCGGGCGCCAUGGCACUGGCCCCGCUCUACUGCGCAGAGAUAGCGCCGCGAGCACGGGGCCUAGCAGCCAUGCCCGCACUGGCUUGCAGUUGCGGUAUACUAUUCGCGUACUGUGCGGGGGUGCUCCUAUCACCUCAUGCGCUUUCCCUGUCCAUGGCGGUCGCUCCUGCCGUGCUACUACUGUCUCUACUCUGGCUACCUGAAACUCCUUUGUACUUGAUCAACGCUGGGAAAAUACAGGAAGCAGCAAAAGUAAUGUGCUGGUUCGAUGGCUCCGACUUUCGCGAGGAUCUGACCGACGUGAUCGAGCAGCAGGAGGUCAGGAUCCGCACAUCGGAGUGCGUCGGCAGAAGGCAGCAUCUACGCCGGCACGACUCUGACACCUUCCAACCAAUGCUGAAGAGAAGCAGCGGCUUGGAUUCCAACUGCGAUAGGAAGGAACAGAUGUCACCUUGCAGAGAGCUAUUGACACGUCGUCGUUCUCAGCGCGCGCUGGCUUCAUGUUGCGUGUUGGUGUGCCUGGCAGCGGGCAGCGGCGCGGGCGCAGUCAGCAGCUUUGCGGCCGCGCUGCUGCGACACUCCGCGCACAAACUGCCCUCACUCAACCUCACCGCUUACAACUUUACCAUUUAUAACGGGAGUCUACCACGUGGUGCAUGGGGCGCGUGGGACGCGGGCUGCGUGCUGUGCGGGCUGGCGCUCGUGCUGGGCGCCGCGCUCGCUACACUCACCGUUGACAAGCUCGGCAGAAAGACUCUUCUACUCUGGUCAUGUUCAGGCAUCGCUUGUUGUCUCGCCAUCCUCGGCGUAUACUGCGACCCUCACUUACGUAUGCACUCCUGGUACCAACAACCGCUCUACAAGAAGAUCAUCAAGGAAAAAAUGAGAGAAAUUGAACAUGAUAGAGAAAGCUAUAGAGAUAUAUACAAUGAAAGUAUAACUAAUAUCAGUGGUGAUCCGAUAGGUUUGUUCAGGAUUAGUUUGGAAAAUGUAACUCCUACCAGCUGGUCGGUGAAGUAUGAACAAAGUGCAGGAGAAAAUGAAGACAUCUGGGCGCCUAUUACUCUGUUGUCAAUAGUCUUAUUCCUUUACAACAUCGGACUUGGUUCUGUUCCAUAUGUGCUGAUAUCAGAGCUCUUUUCGGUUCAUGUCCGCAGUUUGGCUUCAAGCUUCCUCAUAAGUUGCACUUGGCUUAGUAAUUUCUUACUAUUACGGUACUUCGGAUCACUAGCGUCUUACUUGGGAUUACACGCAGUAUACUACUUGUGUGCCAGCAGUACUCUGCUGGGUACAGCAGGCUUGUACGUAUUACUGCCGGAGACAAAGGGCAAGUCUCAAGGUCAAAUCGAAGAAGAACUGAACCAGCCACUCCUCAACUGGAGGAAGAGGAAGCAAAGAAACCCUCGAUGACAGAGCGCUAAUCAGUUAUAUGCAGAUUUGGAGAAGUUUUAGCGAUUUUAAAGCGGAAGUAUUUGGAGACUAUGAUAGAUCGAUGUCAUAAAGAUCAUUGAAAAGUACAAAAUUUAUUUUUGAAUUACAAAA